UAUUACUUAAGAGCAGACUGCGGAAUCGGCGUACUAUUACGACGGUAGUGAAGCAAACAUGAUGUCUAAUAAGAUAUUUUUUCUAUUUGUGAUUAUCUCUGUGGCGUCAAUGGUUACGUGUGAAGUCGGUUCACCAUGCCCACCAGGCGAAGAAUACAAUUCAUGCGGAUCAGCUUGUCCAAAAACCUGCGCUAAUAAGGACCUGUCCCUAUCCUGCAUUCAAGUUUGCAGGCCAGGUUGCUUUUGCAAGGAAGGCACCUACAGAGACGCGAACGGCAAAUGUACUAGUAAAUGCUGAAUACGAAAAGUGUGAGAUAAUUUAUCGAGAUAAUUAAAAUUUCGUUGUCUGCCUAUUCUUGCACGAUCGAGGGACAUGGUGUUUUAUUUUUUAUUUUGUAUAUUUCAUCCGAAAUGUAAUCUUGUCACAAUGUAGUUUUCUGGUAUUUCUGCAUGUGUUAGUGAGAUUAGUACACAGUACUUGUAAAUUUUGUUUAAUAAAUACCUGUCCAAAAAUAUA